AUGCAUUCAAAAUCAUCUGUUUCCCAAUCAAAGCAAGAGCCACAAUCAAAGCCUUACUUAACCAACCCUGUGAGGAAGCAUGAUUUUAAACACAUUAUAAACUCUAAAGAGAACAUUAUUAGAAAAAGGAAUAAGAAAUUCAGCUUGGAAAGAUGCAAUAAAUUUACUACUGUAGAUAAUGCCGAUAAAGCUUCCUCUUUCCAUACAAAUAGUCAGUAUACAUCAUCUGCUGCAAGAAGUAGACAACAGAUGUAUACGCUUGAUCUUGGCUCUUUUCAGAAGGAUUAUGGAGAGGCUAAUUCUCAAGCAAAUGCUAAUCAUCUAGGGAUGCCUCGGAAAUCUCUACCCUUGAAUCAGAGGCUACAGCAGACUCCUGAGCAUAAACAUAAGCCUAAAGGAAACUUUGAGACUAAAAUAAGUAUUUUGGAGAAUAUUGGGACUUAUGAGAAAGAAAAUAGGACAUUACUCAAAUCAAAUAUUUUAUCCAUCAGAAAUAUGUUUGAGAAUGAACUCACAUUGGAUAUCUCUCUAGUUAAUGAAUACGGAAAAGACUCUGAAAAUUCACAGAAAGGAUCAAGCAAAGAAGAGGAGAUUAAGAAAUUUUUAAGAGAUUCAAGUAUCUCAAUAGAAAAAUUGCAGACCCAGCUUAAUAAGAUCACUAAGGAAUCGAAAGAUAGUCAGACUAUCUGUAAUUUCAUGGGCAUUAAGACUAAAGAUGAUGCCUUACGUAUCUGUUAUGAAACUAUUAGGUACAUAGAAGUAUUAUGGAAUCAGAUGAUUGCUUUGGAAACCUCUCUUAUUUAUAAAUGCAAUCAUAAAAUUGAAUCAAACCACUUCAGUAAAACAAUGGUAUCAGAGCUAGAUAGCUCUUUUAAAGGGUUUGAAAGCUUCUUCAGAAACAGAACUUUGUCUUACAAAUAAAAUUAUGGAGAAAGUCACAAAAAUUUUAGAUGGUGAUCUUCCUUCCAAAAGUUUAGCAGAUACUCAUAACCUCUCAAGGUCUAUUCAUCAAUUAAAAAGCAUCAGUGAUCUCAGACAUCAUAAUCUUGAUCCAAUACAUCCUGGUCGGGAUGAUUUUGGAAGGAGUUCACAUAUCAUGGUCCCCAAUAAACUCUCUCUAGGGGUAGAGUCUUAUAAAGCAAAACUGGAGCCUAUCAGCAAAUCUGUUGACAAGAGAGCUACUCCUUUAAAGAAAGCUAAGAAAAUAUCUUUCAAGAAUAAGUCUUAUAAAACCAUAAAGAAGGCAAUUGAUUAUUGCCAAGGAAGAAUUUGUACAAAUGAGUUCCUCAGUUCUAUUCUUGGAUAUGUUGAGUCUAACUUUCAAACUUUCCCAGACAUGCAGGAGUCCAUUAAAGAUAAACAGGAAGAAUGUGAUAUAUUGAAGAGCAGGUGAGAGCUAUUAGAAAAGCAUGUAACUGAAUCAGAGAGCCUCAACAAGCAUCUUACUAACGAAAUCGAGAGAUAUCAGACCCUAUGAGAAAACAACCUAAAAGAGGAUUCUUCCACAUCUAUAAAAUUAAUUACAGAGAAUUUGAAUUCUCCUGAAUUGACAAAGAUACAAUCAACAAAAUAGCUCUAUUGAGAAAUUAGAAGUAGAUAAAUUUACUUCAGCAAAGAAAGACUUAAAGGAUUCGAAGCCCAAGAAGCUAAAGUUCAGUAAGAUGGGGAAACCGAUUAAACUCAAGCUUAAGAAUGGUUCAAGUGUUUUAAAAAACUACAAAAAUAUAUAAAUUUAACAAGUGAUUUCAAUAACUUAAAA